AUGUCCACUCAAUGCCCUGCUUGUUCCCGUGACGAUUUCACGGUAACUGGUCUCAGUCAACAUCUGGCCAAGAGCCGCAACCCACAUUGUCGAGCACUGUACCAUCAGUCGCGCUCCCAAGUACAUACCAGGGACCAACGAGAUGAGCCUGACGAGCCGACUGCAGAAGACGAGCCUGGGUACGAGGUUGACGAGUUUGGGUAUGAGAUUGACGAGCCUGGGUACGAGGUUGACGAGCCUGGGUACGAGGCUGAGGCUGGGGGCGAGGCUGAGGCUGGGGACGAGGAUGAUGAUGAGGGGUGGAAUUUUGAACCUGAAUGGGAGCCUCCCGUUGAAGAUCGAGUCGAGGACGCGACCAUGGAUGCCAUCAAGGAUUUGGCCGAUGAAGAUGAAGCUGGCUGGGAAGAUCAACGCCGUGCUCACCAGGAUAUUCAAGCACAUCUGCGUGCUGGUCAGCAAAUAACACGCGGUUGUGCUGCAAACGCAGAAUACGAGGCGCAUCUGGCCAAUGAGGAGGAGAAUGUGUAUCACCCUUUUGCAUCCAAGAUGGAAUGGGAGGUCGCCAGAUGGGCCAAGCUUCGUGGUCUGAGUUCGACGGCAUUGUCAGAUUUGCUUGCAAUCGAGGGGGGUGAUGAACGCUUAUCACUCUCGUUCAAGAAUGCGAAUGAGCUGAACACUAUUGUCGACCAUGGGCUUCUGACUGGCCGUCCUAAGUUCAAACGUGAGCAGAUCGUGGUCGCUGGAGAAGCGUUUGACAUCUAUUAUCGCGACGUCAUCGAAUGUGUCAAGUCGUUGUAUGGUGAUCCGGACUUUGCCAAAUAUCUAGCAUUUGCGCCUGAGCGGCAUUAUUCUGAUGAAGACGAGACGAUUCGUCUCUUUCAUGAUAUGCACACCGGCAAAUGGUGGUGGGAUACACAGAAAAAACUCGACAAGGAUAAUCCAGGCGGCACCAUCAUUCCCAUCAUUAUCUCGUCCGACAAAACACAAGUCACAUUGUUCCGCAACAAGUCCGUCUAUCCUGUGUAUCUCACCAUUGGCAACAUCCCGAAGGAAAUACGACGCAAGCCUUCGCGUGGGGCACAUAUACUUCUAGCUUAUUUACCUUGUACACGCCUUCAGCAUAUCACCAACAAAGCUUCACGCCGCCGGACUUUGGCAAACCUUUAUCACGCAUGCUUGCGUCGUGUUCUCGCUCCGCUGAAGUCCAUAGGAGUAGAUGGACUUCGUAUGGCUAGUGGGGAUGGUGCCCUCCGCCCUUCUUGUGACUGGGAUCAAGUUUGGAGAGUGCCCAAAAUGCGACGUGGACGCGGACGACACGGGGUGCUAGAUGCCCUCGCUGCCCUUGACGAAGGGAAUCUAUCAUUUGUACGUGCUUGCGCGGCAGCAGGCAUCAAGCCCAUUGUCCAUCCUUUCUGGGAAGAUCUCCCAUUCACCAACAUAUUCCGUGCAAUCACACCAGACGUGUUACAUCAAUUAUAUCAAGGCUUGAUAAAGCAUCUCUUAGGUUGGUUAUCAGCCGCGUGCGGAGGAGCCGAAAUUGACGCUCGGUGUCGCCGUCUUCCUCCCAAUCACCAUAUACAUUUGUUCAGCAAGGGUAUCACCUGCUUGUCGCGUAUAAGCGGAACUGAACACGCUCAAAUCUGCCGUUUUCUCCUUGGCAUCGUCAUCGGCAUCCGUUUGCCCAAUAAUCUAAAUGCGGGCCGUCUUCUACGAGCAGUGCAAGGCCUACUGGACUUCCUCUAUCUUGCUCAAUAUCCAUGUCAUAGCUUGGAGUCACUACAGCUCCUGGAUGACGCACUCGACCUUUUCCACAAGAAUAAGGAUAUCUUCAUUGACCUCGGUAUCCGUUCUAAUUUCGAUUUACCUAAACUGCAUGCCGCUCGCCACUAUUCUGCCAUGAUUAUGAUGUUUGGUACGACGGACAACUAUAACACUGAGUAUACCGAACGACUUCACAUCGAUUUCGCGAAGGACGCUUACCGUGCUACAAAUCACAAAGAUGAAUUUGUGCAGAUGACGCGGUGGCUCGAGCGCAAGGAGAAGAUUAUGCGCCAUGACAAGUAUAUCAACUGGCGAUGUGCUGGUGCCGAAGAGACUAUGCCUUACCAUUCGCGCCCCCCCAAUAUGACUUUUCGUCGGCUUCAAUCUGUUUCAAAGCACCCUACUGCAAAGGCCGUCAGUAUAGACAAGCUCAUCGAAGAUUACGGUGCUACCUAUUUCCGUGAAGCGCUUGCACGCUAUAUCACUCAACUCAAUCAUGCCAGUGAUCCUAUCCCCCUCCGUAGUCAAACACUGGAUGUGUUAGCGCAGGACGUCCAUUUCCCAUUCCGAACUCUCCCCGUUUUUCACAGGGUAAAGUGGCUCUCAGUAGACGCUCGUGGUCACGGUGAUGCAACAGCCACGUUGGACUCUGUACAUGCCAGACCACAAUGCAACUCAGGGUCGAGUCUGCGGCCUCGCCGUUCAGAUACUGCUCUGGAUGGAGUCACUCACAGUCGUCUGAAUCUAGGAGUCCGCGUUGGGCAAGUGCGAGUCAUUUUCUCGUUACCCUCAAAAUCAGUUCCACUCCUGGUUUUCGCCAACAGUCAAGGUUUCCCACUCACUUCGCUUACAUCGAAUGGUUUUGAACCAUUCACUUCGGCUCCCGAUCGACAUCACGGACUUUACAAGCUCUCGCGAUCAUUGCGCGGUGGUGGAAAAAGUAGCAAGUAUCGUGCCAUUGGCCAAUAUUCUGUUGUCCCGCGAGAGUGGACGAGUGAUACGGUUCUCGAUAAUUGUAAUACUUUUUGGUUGAAUUCAUACAUAGAUAGAUAUACUUUUUCUUUAUUCAAAUGA